ACACAGACACACAUCGGGGUUACUCUACUCCCAGACAGCGGACUGCUUUUACUCUCGCGCCUCCUGAAUAUCGCACAUGAGCACUGCGAAGGACGCCGGCAGACCCUGUUCUACCUACCUGUGCGCCUUCAGCGUGCGUCAAAGAAACUCUUCUGUUUACGUCUAAUUGUUUCCUCCGCGGUUUCCUACCCAGUGCUUUUGGAUUACGGAGAAUAACAGGCAGCGUGCAACUCCCGAAAUCAUGGAUUUAUGGAUAAAGUUGAUGUUAUUGUACAGCUGCUGCUUUGGGGCAAGCGCAGACUUUGAUGGCAGGUGGCCACGGCAGAUGGCAUCGUCCAACGGCCUGUGUCGAUAUGGGGCCAGGGUGGACUGCUGCUGGGGAUGGACACGCCGUUCCUGGGGUCACUGCCAGCCUCUGUGUCAGCCUGGCUGUAAGCACGGAGACUGCGUGGGACCCAAUAAAUGCAAGUGCCACCCCGGCUUCACCGGCAAGACCUGCAAUCAAGACCUGAAUGAGUGUGGGCUGAAGCCGAGGCCUUGUAAACACAGGUGCAUGAACACAUAUGGGAGUUACAAGUGCUACUGCCUCAACGGCUACAUGCUGAUGCCUGACGGGACCUGUGGAAAUGCUCGAACUUGUGGAAUGGCCAACUGCCAGUACGGCUGCGAGGUGCUGAAAGGAGAGGUCCGAUGUCAGUGUCCAUCACCGGGGUUACAGCUGGCACCGGAUGGAAGAACCUGUGUUGAUGUAGAUGAGUGUGCAGCAGGGAUAGCAGUGUGUCCCAGGUUCAGGAAAUGCAUCAACACCUUUGGUAGCUACAUCUGCAAGUGCCAUGAAGGCUUUGACCUGCAAUACAUCAAUGGGAAAUACCAGUGCAUAGAUGUGGAUGAGUGCUCUUUAGGUCAGAGCCACUGCAGCAGCUUCGCCACCUGCUACAACACGCCAGGUUCAUACAAGUGCAAAUGCAAAGACGGCUACAGGGGGAUGGGCCACGACUGCAAACCCAUUCCUAAGGUGGUUAUUGACCCCCCGAGACCAGGCAAAGUGCCUCCAAAUCAUCACAACCGCAUCCCUGACAUGGAUCAGAAGAGGACCACCAUCCGCCCACCAGUGACUCCAAGGAGAUUCUUCCCCAUUAUUCCCAAAUCAACAACCGCCGCCACGACUACAACAACCACAACAACAACCAAAGCACCUCUGCCUCCAAAGAGGGUCACCCCUCCUCCGCGCAAACCAGCAGUUCCCACCCGGAAGCCCUUUGUCCCAACCAGGAAACCACUAGCACCCACACGCAAGCCCUACAUCCCACCAAAGCCAGUGGCUCCCACCAGACUCGCCCCAACACCACCACCAGCUACACCAGUAGACAACACCAUCCAGAAGGAGGUCACCAAACAGAGAGGGGAUGUCCACAUCCCUCGGAACCACGGCCAUAACACCGUCCUAGGCAUCGACUUUGACAUUGAGCUCGGUAACACGGCAGAUGAAGCCAAGGACGACCCAGAGUCUGGGUAUCUGAGCUGCUCCUUUGAUGAUGGUCUUUGUGGUUGGAUCAGGGACAAAGACGGAGACCUACACUGGGAAACGACGCCCGAUCCGUCAGGUGGACGGUACCUCACCAUUCCCGAGGUAGGCAACAAGAGGACUGGGCGUGGGGCCCGACUGGUCCUCCCACUCACCCCACCCUGGAAUGACGGCAAUCUGUGCCUGUCGUUCCGGCACAAGCUGGCAGGACACCACGUGGGCAUGCUGCAAGUGUUUGUGAAGAAGGGAAAGCAGUACAGUCCUGCAGUCUGGGGCCGGACAGGUGGAAAUGGCUGGAGGCACACCCAAAUCACAUUAUGGGGAACAGGCCUGGAAAGUGUUAUCCUGAAGGGGGAGCGUGGGCGAGGCAGGAGCGGGGAGAUGGCUGUAGACGACAUCACCCUGAGAAAAGGCUCCUGCUCAGAGGAGCACAAUCUGAGGAGACUCUGACUGACGCAACAGAGAAAGGCAGAAAGAAAACAAGAGGGAAAAUCAUCUCAAAGAGAAGUGACUCUGUUGUGACAACCCCUCACUCUGCCUGGGUUCUCGCUGAUCCCCCAGCCCACCCCCCCAUCCUCCUACUCCUCCCAGCCAUCCUGCGAACGAUAUCCGAAAAAUUGUGCGUCUGCAGAACAGUGGGUUUCUCCUUCUUGACGGUCCAUGAAUAAAAAGACUGAAUCGAAUGUCAUGGGCGGAUCCCAGCAGCACACCUAGUCUUUUCAGCCUCCCUCUCACUCCAUCACCUUGUUACUCUGAAACCUGCAUGUACCUACUUACCAUGGAAAUGUCCUCCACCUAACACAGCCCUGGCAGCCUUCCAGCCACGCAGCUGAGAGGCCGUCACUCACUUCAUUUCUUUCUGGAGAGAGGAUCGUUCCCUUAUGUAUGAGUCUGCUUCUACCUUGCUUUGAUCCCUUAACCACAAGCCAUUAAUUUUAUUUGCUCGAUGUUAAAACAUGUGGCCAGAGGUGCUUUUUGUGACUGUUUUGAUCAGAAUAUCAGAGAUGGUAUACAUUUCUUUGAGGGUGAGAGAUUUAAAAAAAGUAUAUAAAAUACAAAUUGUAUUUGUCAUAAUUUCUUUCAAAACCACAUUACUUCAAAUCUGAUAUAGCCCUUAAGUAUAAAACCGACUAGAGAGUCAGUUUAACCUUGCUUUUGUUGGUCCAAUCUAACUUUUCUUCUAUGACAGUUUUGACUGAAACAGCACAGCUUUUCUUUUGUUGUCUCAGUAUUUUAAAGAUCUGUUUGGUAGAAGGGGGUUUAAAAAUGUAGGACCUUUUCUACCCCGAUCUUUUAUUGAAGCCUCCAAAAGUUGUUUAAACACUCAUGUUUUUCAGAUACUUGAAAUGUGUCAAACAGAAUCAGUGUAUGAUUUUCGACACUUGCAAAUCAACAGUUACUUUCUAUUAUACAGUAUGUGCUUUGUUAUAUUAAGUGCAGUUUGUUAUAAAGACGAUACCAACAACUUUGUAGGCUUUCACAAAUUGUAUUAUUGUAAAUGUAGUUGUGUGUACAUACUCUUAAGAUCUACAAUCCCAUUUGUUGUGUGGUUUAUACGUUAUGUAAUUUCAUACAUCAAUAUAAAUUGGAUUUCAAAAUGGUUGGUAUUUCAACUUUUAAUAAAAGAACAUGUAUACAGAUGGAAACCUUGUGUAUUAGGAGGCUGUGUUUAAAGUGCACAAAAUGUGUAUGUUCAUGUGUUAUGGUAUAAUGCUGUCUGUAACUUGCCAAGCACAUAGUUGCAUAUUGUAUGCUGUGAUAAUGAAGGGCAUCGGCUGGAAUUUUAAGGUUUUCUGUGUGCAUGGGUGCAUUCACCAAAUUCAGAUUUAUCCAGACCUGUAUGUAAAUAAAAUACAUUUGACUGAUA